UCAGCAUGCGGUCGGUUUAGCACGGAAGAAAACGAGACGUACAAGAUAGUGUCUCGUGAAACCGUAUACGAUGUCCAACGACCGUUAUACAUAAAUUAUUUUUUUCACAGUUAUACACGUUUUAAUUCGCAACAUAACAACUCAAUGCGCGUGCACACAAUUGCGCUUUUACUUUAAUUGGGAUUUUUUGUUUCAUUCGUAAUAACUAUAACAGAUAACUUAUACACACGGAUAAAACGUCGAACAUAAUAUCACACAGUCAUCUACGCGUCGGUCAUCGUACAACUUGUCCUGAUCGACCAUGCCACCUGCAGACAGGUCGCUUACGGCGUUCCGCGUAGCUUUGGCCACGUUAUUACUCACCAACGUCGCAUAUACGUCAAAAAAACAAAAGCGUCAGCUGUUCCAUGAAAAUUUGUUGCCAUACUUUGGUGGUAAAAUACCUGAGUCUGCGUUCCAAGCAGACCGCUUGGCACUAAAUAUGUUGAACAAAGAAGGGAUAUCCGUGCCCGAUGGUAUACUGUUUGAAGCCCGACCAAAAGAAUCGUUUCAUCAAAGUCCACGGAACGAUCCAGAACUAUCCAACUCAAUACUCAAAAUGAUCCACACGCCAGACGGCAGGUAUAUUCCUUCGGAAGGAAAGUACGAUGGUAAUAAUGAAGUGGAAACAACGUAUAAGAUCUCAAUACCCACAUAUAUGCAAAAUUACCAGCUACCGAAGUUUAGGCCGGUAUCAGAAACGUUUCAAAUACCAGUCCGGCAGGUAUUCGAAAGCGGAUUGUCAAUCGCCAACUUGAGGGGACAACUAGGAAUUCCCUUCAACACUAUACCAAAGGGUUGGAAUUCGCUGGAUGCCCACAGGCCAUUCGUCGAUACGUUCAAUAACGCCAAUAAAAUCAUGAAUUUCCAACAAAAUUACAACACCAUACCUCUGACGAGUUCUGCGUGUGGUAGGCCUGGGAGAAUAUAUCCAGAUCCAGAAACUCAGUGUCAGGCUUUUCACUUAUGUCAUUACAAUGGGUUCAAAGAAACAUUUGUUUGUCCACAAGGAACCAGAUACGAUCCAUCUGUACAGGAAUGUAGAUUUUGGUAUACGACACACUGUUUAAACGCACGAAGACCAUUAAAUUAGGUCAAUGUUAUGUUAAUAAUAUUAAUAACUAUUAACAUUUUUAUUGACUGAAGAUUUUUAUUUUUAGUUUGAAAACAUGUAAGCAUAAUUAUUUUAUGUUUUGUUACGUGUUAGAGUGUAUUGUCAAUGGGUGGCUUCUCCAAUUAAAGUUUUUUUUAUGUUGAAUCAAUCUGUAAAUAUCACUUGACGCUAUCAUUAUACAUUAUUUGUAUAGAUCAUGUAAGUAAAUUAACAUUUUUUUAAAAAAUUAAGUGUGCUAUGUGAUAAAUCAAAAUAAAAUUGUUUAAACAUGGGUGUGUA